AUGCUGGCGACGAAGCUACAGUCGCUUGAGAAGUUCGAGAGGGUUGGCCAUAAGUUGAUCCAUCGCUCGGAUGAGACGCUCGGCUAUGCUCCGCCACUUGAAGAAAGGCGGAAGAUCAUUGUGAAGACGGCGGCGAUGGAGGAGGAGGAGCAGGACGAGGAGGAGGAGGAGGAGGAGGAGGAGGAGGAGGAGGUGAUUGUGAACAAGUGUUGCAAAAUCAGCUCCAAUCCUGACAGCGUGAUUUGUGAUACUCCGCUCUACAUUGGAAGCGCCUGUGUGAGGUUGAUCUACAACAUGCUCCCGGGUGUCCGCUCUAUCAAGGCCCGCAGCUGCGAGAAGCGCCACGAGCUCGUGAAGCUCCGGCAGUCCAGCAAGGACGACCACUUCGACGGUGUCCUGAUGUAUCUUUGUCGCCGCCUUGGGGUGCACAUGGGGGAUGAGGCAGACAGGCUGGCGCAGCGCCGCGGGGCGCGGCUGGCGCUGCAGUUGCUGCAGCUGGCGCGGGCCUUCGGGCUGAGGUAUCCACAAGGGAUGCCAGAUGAGGAGGCUUCGCUGCCCGAGGGAUUACGAACCAAGAGAAGCUGGAUCAUGUCUGUGUGCAUCGCCGUCCUGAACAUCAUCGCCGGGCAGGAGGUGAAAUGCUCCUCGGCGAAGGAUGACAAGGCGGCGAAGUGGAAGCUGGCGGCGCAGGGCAUCCGCAAGUGCGUUGAGGAUGCGCUGCUCCGGGCUUUGCGUUGCCUGCCCUUCGGUCUGUCAGCCCACCGCAAGGAGCUGCCGCUGAUGGUCGACUCUUUGUUGGAGUUCUAUCCACAGCUCUUGGCCGCUGGCGCGCCAGGCGAAGGUAGCGACCUGGAGCCGGACCAGGCCGGCUCGGUUCGAGCGCCGUGCAAGAGAAAGAAGGCUUGUGAGGCAGAUGACGAGCCCGCGGCGCCGGCGCUGCGAAAAGCCAAGUCCGUGCGGCAAAAAGCUGCCGGAGGUACUCGCACUGUGGCUUCGGUUUGGGGCGAGUUCUCGCUUCGGAAAACUCUGCUAAGAGGCGCCGGAAAGAGCGCCGCCCAGAGAGGACUGUUCUGGAAACGCCAGGUGACCGGAGCGGUCUGCUCGAGCUCGAGGAGCUGCAGUCACAGCUCGCGGAUCGAAUCUCUGCAGUGCUGGAGGAUGCGGAAAAGCCGGCUGAAAACCAGCCUCGCGCCAGUGAGCCACAAGCGAGGGUCAGUCCGGUGCCGGUGCCGCUGCCGCUGCCGGUGCCGGUGCCGCCGGCGCCAGCGGUGCCCGAGCCGGCGCCGCGUCCAGAAGCCUUGCGCCAGGAGUUGCAGGCCGCCUGGGCCGCCGGCGCUGCGGCGGCCCGCGCCGCCAUCGAGACACCCAAGCCGGAGGAGAAGGUGGAGCCGCUGACAGCUGGCCCGGCAAGGAGCAAGCUUUCAGAAGGCUCCAGCGCUGCGCCGCUGGUGCUGACGCCCACAUACUUCCACUUCAGGACAGACCAGUGAGCUGAGCCUGGGAGCGAAAGGAGAGCCUGGACGAAGUUGCGGAGCGCGAGCAUGGCACCUUCCGGUCAGGGUGACCAUUUGGAUACCCUGC